AAGAAAAUCCAUGCACUACAAAUACAAAACUGAGAUAACGGAAUGAUAAAAUAGAUAACAGUCCAUAUUACAACAUUAAUGAUAUAUAGGCCUAUGAUGUUACAUGCAAUGCAGGGAUUUCCCGAAGCGAUAGUAUUUUAGACUGUUGGUGAUUAAGAUUAACUUGCAAAUUUCUUGUUAGAUGCCUUCUUUUAAAAAAGUUUGUGAUUAGUCUCAUAAAUCAUAAAUAAGCAUUUUACUUAAAACUUUGCUACACGUAGAAUAAAAUGUCUAAAAGUUCGCUUUUGUAAAAAACAACUGGACAACAGUUGUAGUAAAAGAGACCCCUAAAAUAUCAAACCUGUUAACAUACAAUGUCCUGGCAUAAACCAAGGUUCAUGUCGUCAUAAUUCCAAGUUUUCGGCAGAUUUUCACUAAAAUCUUUGCCAUGAUUAAACUCUGUGGUGAGUUAGUGCUGUGUAUGCCUUACUGCCGAGCAGCAGAGUAGCCCCGCCCCUUUAUGCUAAUCAAACCCACCCAGGCGCGUUGUGAUUGGCCAGGUGGAAACCCAUUUAUAUUCGCUGUGACAGUCGCUCCAUGAAUGGUUGUCUAUUAACUUGUUCAAAAAGUAUCAGGAGUUGUCAAGGCUUCUGGUGUCGGAAGAGGGGAAAACGGAGGAGUUUUGAUUUCUUUAAGACUCAGAAAGAAGUUUUGUGAGCGCGAGAGGACUUUUUACUGGGGCAAAAGAGAAAGAAGAGAGUGAUUUUUUUUUACUCCGAAAGAGGUUGGAACUUUGUAUUUUUUGUUUUUGUUUUAUUUUUACUUUCGUUUGGUCGGUCGAGGAAGAGUUUUCCCCACACCGGCGUUUUAAAUGUACAACAUGAUGGAGACCGAGUUGAAACCCAAUCCCGGGGGUAAUAACACCGGCACCGGGAACACCGGAGGCGGCACACCAGGGCAGAAGAACAGUCCGGAGCGCGUAAAGAGGCCCAUGAACGCGUUCAUGGUGUGGUCCCGCGGUCAACGGCGGAAAAUGGCGCAAGAGAACCCGAAGAUGCACAACUCGGAGAUCAGUAAGAGGCUGGGCGCUGAGUGGAAGCUGCUGUCCGAGUCUGAGAAGCGGCCGUUCAUCGACGAGGCCAAGCGGCUGCGCGCACUGCACAUGAAGGAGCACCCGGACUACAAGUACCGACCGCGGCGGAAGACCAAGACUCUCAUGAAGAAGGACAAGUACGCGCUGCCCGGCGGGCUCCUGGCACCGGGCGGCGGUGGCGGCGGAAACCUAGGUGGUAACGGCAUGAGCGCCGGCGUGGGCUCGGGCCUCGGCGGCCUCGGCGUCAACCUCGGGGUCAAUCAGAGGAUGGACGCGUACGCGCACAUGAACGGCUGCUGGAGCAACGGAGGCUACGGCAUGAUGCAGGAGCAACUGGGCUACGCGGCGGCGGCGAGUCCCAUGCAGCAGCAGCAGCAGCAGCACCACGUCCACCGCUAUGACAUGAGCGCGCUGCAGCCGUACGGCUCCAUGACGAGCGCGCAGACCUACAUGAAUGGCUCACCCACAUACAGCAUGUCGUCUUACCCGCAGCUCAGCUCCAUGGGCUCGGCUGUGAAAUCCGAGGCCAGCUCGAGUCCACCCGCCGUCACGUCCGCGUCGCACGUCAGAGCCGCCGCAGCACCCGCACCUGCACACGCACCGCCGCCGCCCUCGUGCCAAACCGGGGACCUGCGGGACAUGAUCAGCAUGUAUCUGCCCGGGGCGGAAGUGGCCGAGCAGACGGGCCAGAGCAGACUGCACCUGUCGCAGCACUACCAGAGUGCACCUGUGCACGCAACUACGAUUAACGGCACCAUCCCGUUAUCGCACAUGUAAAUGAACUACUUUUUUUUUUCUUUUUUUUUUCUAUCACACUGGACUCCUCUAGACUGGACUAUAUUAAUUUUAUUUUAUUAUUAUUAUUUUUUUUGUACAGAAAUUUUUUUCUUGGUGAGGGAAACUUGUAAAGGACUCAAGGAAAAAAGAACACAAGCCUUUCUUUCUUUCGUUCUUUCUUUCGUUCUUUCUUACUUUCUUUCUUCCUUUCUUUCUUUCUUCCUUUCUUUCUUCCUUUCUAUUUAAAGAAGAAACGGUAGGAACACCAAGCAAGUGUUUUUUAAUUUUAAUUUUUAUUUUGUUUUAUUAAAAUCUAUGAGUUUUUUUUGGAAAUGAAAAAUGGGAAGUGUGUGCGUGGGUUCGGGGGAAAGGGAUAAUAAUCAAUCAAAUGUUUUAUUAUUGCAAUCAACUUUUGUACAGUAUUUAUCAAAGAAACAUAACAAUCAGUUGUAAUGUUUGUAUAAACUACAGUAAAGAAGUUUUUUAUUAAGAAAGAUAAUGACAGAAUUGACACUUAUCAUGCUCCAAACUGUGCAAAAAAAGAAGACAAAACAAAGUUGAAGUAAAGAGCAGGUCAAAAUGUUUCACUUUGAGGGUUAAAUAUUACUAAACCAUUUUAAUUUAGUUUCAGAUGAUAAGCGCGUUAAUUUAUAUCCUUUUGUUUAAUCUCCAACCCUCCAUCUGUUAGAGCUAUCAAGUUUGUGUUCUUUAUUUUCUCAUGGUUUUGUACAUUUUCUGUAUAUUUUACUGUGAGUUUUUAUUUUUAAAAAAUAUUUUCCGUAGUUGUAUUUUAAAGAAUUGUGGCCUGUAGGCAAAUGCCAAACACGCGACAUGUACAUAUCUGAACUAAUAGCGACAUAACAGUUACAAUUUCAGCUGAGUUUUUUUUUUCAAUAUGCAGUUUGAAAUGAAUAAAUUUUUGAAAUUUGGAUAUUUGAAAUUGUUUCGGGUUUUGAUUUGAUUUCUCCUUUAAGUUGUCAUGUUUGGUUUUCUCAUCUACUGUCCAUUAUACACUUAAACUUACUAUUAAUUCUUGACAGUCAU